AUGUGGGGGAUCAUCUGGACGGACCCGGACCUGGAGCUUGUUGGAGAGCACAGGGCCAGGAAGGAGAGGGAAAGAGAUGAGGCCGAGCGGAGCAAGACGCGCUCUGGCAGAGGCUCCAUGUCCACGGCCAGCUCACGAUCCUCGACUGCCGAAUCCGCCUUCGCUCGUUUCAGAUCGCGGGGCCUAAGGCAGGCAAACACGUCCAAGGCCGCUUCCAAGAUAAAGUCGUCGGCCUCGUCCGGCGCCGCCUCCUCCUCCGUCGCUGCCACCCACUCCACAACUUCCCCCUUCUCCAAGGCCUCUGGCACCAAGAGCCGCCCGAGCUCUGGCCACUCCAGCAAGGACACCUCUGGCCGCCUCGGCUUGGCUCGUGGCCGUCCGGAAACCGCUUCCGCUACCGCCACGGCCCAUCAAGCCUACCUCGAACUUCUCCAGAGUGACUCCACCUGCUGCUUCCCCAACAGCCCGAGCGCGCACCCUCUACCGGCACUUGCAACGCCACCUGGACUUUGCGAUAGCAUCGCCCAGUUCCCGGCCAGGUGGGCUGCGUCGCCGCCUCCGACAGAACCACUUCAGCCGUCCCCGAUGGCUCGACUGCCCAUUUUGGAUCUGCCGAGUCCCGUGAGGAAGGCCUUCAUCAUCCCCGGCCUAAGGAUUGGGGAACCUAUGACUCCUCCACAGUCUCCCACAAGAGGCCAUCCGUUCCUGUUCUCAGAGCCGCCGGAACCAUCACCGCCGUUGGUACCCCCACCCAAGUCGCCGCUGCGGGCGAGGGUAUCAUACCGGCCGCCGCCUCCCAAUGCCACCGAUAACAAGGUUCCACGCACGUCCGAUCACUGGCGGUCCGUGACGCCAGAGAUCAUGCCAGCCAAGGCGGAAGAAUCGGGGGGUGUGCAUACGCCUGCGAUGGGCUCCGUUUUGAACGCGCCGCAUGAAGCAAUUGACUUGGCAUCGCUCAUGAGCCAAGCAGAGUCCAUGGCCAAGGCUACACCAGAAGUUGCGCUAUCGCGGCUCAAGACGAUAUGGUCCAUCGACGGCAAUGUACCAAACCUUGCGCAGCUCGAGGCGGAGAAGAAGAGAUGGAUGCUGUCGGUCGUUACUCAUCUAGACGUAGAAGCCGCGCACGACAAAAAGCGGCAAUCGCCUCGCAGAUUAGCGCCAGAUAACAUUCACAAUAUUCUCGCUCUUUACGAAUCCAAAGCCUCAGCACUGUAUCUCGCGGCUUUGAACCCAAAGCGGCGUAUUUGUCACUUCUCGGAUUCCCCGCUCCCUCACGAGGCGGUACCCAACGUACAGCCGCUGUCGGUGGCGGCCGUUUCAUCGUCGGCGUUUCCUAUACCGCCGCAGCUGUUCGAAGCCGCUUACUCCCUGUCUUUGCCGGCGAUUUGCACCACGUCCGACCUGCGCGGCAUAGUGCACAAUGUGAGCAGUGCUCUCAAGCCCGGAGGGACUUUGCACUUGACGUUGAUUGAUCCGUUGCCUUGCGCCAAUACAUUGGGUGCCAAGAUGCGGCAGUGGCUGGAACAGCACUUGCUGAGCAACCUCCGUAGGGAGUCAAGAUGCAUGAGCCCGAGCACAGCGCUGCCGCAGUGGCUCGGUGAGGCGUCACUUCGCGCUACCGGGAGCACGUUGACGACGACCAAGUUCUACGCCACCCUCGACAACCUGAGGCUUCAACAACAGGACCCAGAUCCGGCUAUUGAGCAGCUGCGGGCCGAGAAGAAGACCAAGGCAGAGUUGAGAAGCCUCGUCGGCCGCCUGCUUUGGAAAGAGAUCUGGGGGCGAUAUGUGACGACUGAUUCAUGGUGGUGGGAUGAUCGCGGCUGCAUGGAAGAGUGCCUCCAACUAGGCACGUUUUGGGAGUAUCACUUGAUUGAGGCUGUCAAGGACGCAACCCAGUAG